AUAAAUUUGAAUAAAAAUCAUGGUACGAAUAUAUAUAGUAAUUCAUUUAAGAUUAGAUUCAUUUUGUUACAAAAUAGACAAGGAAAGACAAGACUAUCUAAAUGGUAUGUGUAUUAUGAUGAUGCUGAGAAAGUAAAGUUAUAGAAUGAGGUUCAUCGAUUAAUAGUUUGUAGAGAUACAAAACACACUAACUUUUUAGAAGUAUUGAAUUAAAUCAUAAUUAGUUCAGGAAUUAUAAAAUUAUCUAUAAAAGAUAUGCAGGAUUGUUUUUUGCAUUAUGUGUAGAUGUGAGUGACAAUGAAUUAACAAUGUUAGAAUUGAUACAUUUGUAUGUAGAAGUAUUAGACAAGUAUUUUGGAAAUGUUUGUGAAUUGGAUAUAGUCUUCAAUUUCAAUAAAGUAAAUAAAUACUAUUUUGUAAGGCAUAUUCAAUUUUGGAUGAGAUGAUUGUAGGUGGUGAGAUUGUCGAAACUUCAAAAUAAGUCAUAAUUAAUGCAGUCAAGAAUAUUGAAUUAUUAGAUUGA